GGAACUUAUCUAACCAUCGAACUUCCGGCGAGGCAGUGGUUGAGAGACUCAAGUCACAGUUAGUUUGGAAGUUUCCUACGAUUUGGAUCUGUGUUAUGUUUAGUCAGACCCAAAAUGUUGGUGUGGAAGUGUUCAUGUGUUCUCCUGAUUUGCAUGGCUGUCAAAGCCGAAUUAUUCGAGAUGAACUAUUCCGAAUAUCAUAACUACAAGACGAUGACUGCAUUCUUAAAAAACAUUAGUGAAGCCUACCCCAAUCUUACGCACCUCUACAGCAUUGGAGAGUCUUAUGAAGGCAGACAGCUAUGGGUGAUGAAGAUAUCAGGUGGUGUUGACACAAUCCUGAGACCUCACGUGAAGUUGAUAGCAAACGUCAAUGGUAAUGAGUCAGUCGGAAGAGAGCUCUUGCUUCGUUUCAUAGAGUACUUGGUGAACGAAUACAACAACAAAAACAAAAUGGUGAGGAGGAUCCUGGACUAUAGUCAUGUGCACAUCCUGCCCAGCAUGAAUCCUGAUGGUUUUGAGACUUUAUUGGAGAAGUACAGCGCAUGCUCAGAUUUAGCACAAUCGGAAGGAAAUGAGAAUAGCAAUGGCGUGAUACUCUAUGCGGACUUCAAUAAUACUUCCCCACAGAAAGAAACUUUGGCGGUGAAAAAAUGGAUGGACGACGUCCCUUUUGUGUUAUCAGCCACACUCAAUGGCGGUUCCAUUUCUGCGUUUUACCCGUUUGACGAUCAUCCAGAAGACAAGUUCGCUACUGAUGACGAUGAUAUUUUUAAAUAUCUAGCCUUCACUUACGCUGACAAACAUGAAAAGAUGCUGUUUCCAAACCCUUGUGGUGGAAUCGAUGAACCUGCAGUUCAAACCGGUGGUUCAUACGUGCCGCUCGAAGGCAGUAUGAUGGACUUCAAUUACAUAGCACAUGGGUGUAUGGAAGUCUCUUUUCAGAUAUCCUGUCACAAGUAUCCCUUUCCUGAGGACUUGCCAGAUUUUUGGGAUGCAAAUAAAGAGCCAAUACUAGCGUACUUGGGCGCAGUCAGAAUGGGGGUGAGAGGACUUGUGAUAGACGAAGUAGGAAAUCCUGUUCCGAAAGCAACAAUCAGAAUCAGAGGAAGAGAAUCAGCCGUGUUUCAUACCACAUCCAGAGGAGAAUUCUGGAGACUCUUGAUGGACAGCCCGGUCUACAUGUUUCAAGUGGAGGCGAAAGGAUUUGAAACCAAAGAACAGCCUAUUAUAACGAAGAAUCCAACAUCAGAGGAUGAGUGGCCGAUGAUAGUAAACAUCACUUUGAUUCGCCCAGGCACCAAGACCACUACCUCAACAUUGAGGACUGUCACCACAGUCAACCUCACUACGCCAACAUACUCGUACAACACAGAGACCACAGAGAAGGACGACGUCUUAGACUUGGCUGCGACAAGUGAUGUUGAGGCCAAUAUUUUCCCUAACUGGGUACUAGUAGUAUGUUUAUUUGUAGUAUUUUUCACGAAUCGUUAAACUAUAUAGAAUGUUUUUAUUGAAAAUCUCAAACUAAAAAUUACUUUUUUACAUAUCUAGGCCUAGUAAGAGUUUGGUUGUGAUAUUAAAAGUGAUCAAGUUAUUUGUUUUGUAUUACCAGAAUGGUAAACAAAAUGGGAAUUGUGAAAAAACCAAGAUGGUCACAUAGGGAGUCUGGAAGGUCAAGGAAAAGACUCCAGCAAAUCCUCCUUGAAUAUUAAAAGAGAUAAGAGUAAUAUGUGAAUAAUGUGCAAAUUCAUUUCCAGCCAAUAGCCAAAAUCGACUCCCUUAGUUAAACUUUAGUGACUGGUGUGGUUCUCUUAUGUACUUAUUUUUUCUUUUUUUAUUUUACUUUAUUCUUGUACAUUUUCUUUUCUGUCCUAUAAAUUUUUGCUUAAUACAGUUCUAUGAAAAUGAAAGAAAAUAACUGUUGUGUUGCAGCAGAUCACAUCAUUUGAAAUAUGCAAAACACCAUGUCUGGUAUAAACUGAACAUCUUUGAAUGUAUUCUAACGAGUUUCGUAAAGAUACUUCCUUGUUUCCAGUUAUUGAUGUCAGUGUAGACUAUUAACUGAAGUAACAGGACUGAGUUCAGAGUUAGGAGUGAACUUCCUUUUAUUAAUCUCUUGCUUCAUCAAAAGCAUUAGCGAAAAGAACCUGAGAUAUAUCUAAAUCGGGCUUUGAAAUUCCUUCCGUAUCAGUUGAUACUGUCAGUCUGUGACAAAGAACUUCAAAACUCUCCAUUUUUGUAAAGAUUCUUCCUUGUCAAUAGUUAUCUAUAUUGAUGUCAGUGUAGUAACUAAAGUGACAGAACUGAGUUCAGAGUUAGAAGCAAACUGCAUUUAUCAUAACUGUAUACUUUUGUUUGUAACCAGAUUAGCUACGUCUAAAAAAAGUAUACAAUUAUAAUACAUCUCAUCUGAAUAGUACAAAAAUUAGUUAUACUGUCACAUCUAAUCGUGAGCAAUGUAUCCAUAAUAAUUUGUAAAUAUAAAUUUCACUGCCAGCUCAGUUUGUCAAUUAUAAAUUCCGUAUGGAUAAGACCUGCAUAAAAGUUGCGAAAGGCAAGUUAAAAACGUUUGAAGAUUUUCUAUGUAGAUUUUGAAUAAAAAAAGAACAUGAUGGUACCCUGAGAAACUACAGAAAUUCAGAGAUAACAAACUCUUCUGAUUUAUUCUAAUCAAAUUUUAAUUUCAGCUAAAGUUUGAGUGGGUAACUUUGGGACCAAGGGAGCAUUCACAGUUUGUUUGUGCUCAACUUAGAAAUUUGCUCUAGAGUUAUAAUGGUAUUCUCAAAUUCACUGAUAAAAUCGACAUAAAUUGCAUAAACUAGAUUGUUUCACAUAAAACAAUUGGCACAUACAUAGAACAUGUUAAACCGCUGAUGGCCGAUUGUAGAGUGUCUGUAAUGCUCCAAUGCUCCUUCAAAAUUAUUAUAUAAGACUUUUUAGUCCCUAAGAAAAGGUUCUUUAUGGAUUUCAUAAAAUAAAUUGACUGCAAUUGAGUUUUUGUCAUUGAAAUAAAGGUAUGGUAAAUUAAAUUGUUUUUGAGAGCUUGUUGGAUAUUCUAUUUCAAGAAAUGCCACAUUCUACAUUAUGAGAUCUUAAGAAAUAUCGUGUUAUCUUGAAAACAGUCAUCACGCUAGAGAUGGCCAUACUGUUAAAAAAAGCAAAACUAUCUUACUUACAUUAAGGUAUAAGCUUGUAUUAUAUCUUUGAUUGUGUUAUCGAACUUGAAAGAUAAGUCAUCAAACAAGACGUUUAUCAAAAUGUAGUACUCAGCUUGGGCAGAGGUAUUUUCCUACCAACUCCAUCCUGUCCUAAGUUAGAAGUGUUUUGUAGCUAAAAUCUGCUAUUUCUACUCAAAACUCCUUAACUGAAAAGGCGAGUUGAAACUGAAACAGGUAAUUGACAAAAGCUCACACUCAUAGUUAUGCUUGCGAUGAUAGUCGAGGAAACACAUUCUGGUCAGGUGACUUCUACAUUACGAUGGAGAUGGUAAGAAAAUACCUUUGCCUAAACUGAUUGUAUUAGUUACACAAGAGAUAACUAAUAAAAUGCUGUAGAUUGAAGUACGGUAAAGUAAGAGCUCGGACUGCCCUCUCUGCACUGAGAGGCUCAAGUAGUAAAUAUUUGAAUGGUAACAAUCAAAGUUAUAUAGUUCAGCCUUAAUGUUGACCUUCAGAAAUAUCUCUAAUAUUCCUCCAGAUCUCAGUACGCAUUUUCCAUACAAAUGAUUUAUGUCCUGUGUAACUUAUACAAUCAAAGAUUAUACUUAGGUACAAGUAUUGUAACAAACACAAUGUUUGUGAACUUAAUCUUCUAUAAAAUGUCUUCAUAGCAAAAAGUUUCAAACAUUUCUAUCAAAAUCAAAAUGUAAUGCAUAUUCAUUUUCUGUGAAUUAUAACCCUUCAAGUGUCUGUACCUUAGAGAAAUUUUUAAUUAUCAGUACUUAUUCUUUACUAAUACCUUGGAAAUACCCAAGCGUAACAAUAAGAUCCAAGAGUUCUAAGUCUUAGUACCUCCAACAUGAAGACAAAAUGAAGACUAUAAGUUAUUUUUGUAACUAUCACCAAAAAUUACAAGAGUUAUAAGUUAAGAUUAGUACAAAAUAAAUAUAAAACCAGUACAAAAUUUGUUAAUUAGUGAGUUAUAAUAGUAAAUUGUAUAAUAGUAUAUUUGUAAAUAUUGUACAGUUAUUAAGUCAGAGGAUCAUGUAACAGUAGUUAAGUCUUCAAGUAAUCAUUUACUGUACUUGUACGUUGUUAAUCAUAGAAUUGCCUAUAAUAAUGAUAGUAGAGUGAAAGUUGUUAAUGUUAGGAUAUUAUAGUAUGUAAAGGUGAGAGCGCUUUAGAAAUGAGUGGUUGUUAAAGAUAAAUAGCCAAUAUUUUUAUAAUAUUCUUCUAUUUGUUAGUUAUGUUUUGUUACAAACUGAACUUACAAACCAUGUGUUGAGUAAUACAGCUAGUACAGUAAUAUAGUUAUUUUCCAAAGAAAAAUAAUGUAAAAGAUUUCUCACCAGUUUUUUAUGUUAUUUGGGGUUCUGAAGCCCAAUUUAUCGUUUGCCAUCUCAAAAACAAUAGGAAUCUCAAGAAAACAGAAAAUAUUACUAUAAUAAAUGCAGUUUUGUGUUGAAGUAAUUUUAUUUUUCAACUUUAAGCAUAGGUCCUGAGCAAUGGAUUAAGUUAAAGGUUUUACCCAUGUAAAAUGGGGCAUUUGGGGGAAUUUUCCAAAAAACAUUUGCAUUACGAAAUUAUGAAAAUAAAUCAUCUGAGACAGAUUGAUGCCAAAGUACUGAAGACUGGAAGGCAAAAGGACAACUGUACUUUUUAAAUUUUGCUAUAUCACUUGAACAACUUGAAUUUAACUAAUUUAUGCCUACAAUUUUUAAGGAAGUUUAAUCUUCUUUGAUUUCAAAGGAGAUUAAACUUCCUCCAAUGUAAAGAAUGUUAUCAAAAACUUUGUAUAUUUCUUUUCGUUUUCAACGAAAGUUCAAGAAUUUGCCUUUUUACAAUGCGCUCUUACAAUGGCACCCAAUGUCUGAUAAACAAAAGUACAGUGAGAAUUUAAGAGAUUUAUUCAUCAUUUUUUUACGUAGAACUAUUUUAUUAAAUACGCCUUAUUUUAACAAUAAAGAGGCAAAAGUGCUACGAUUUACGGUUUUACCUCGAUUUUCUCUGUGUUUUCCAAACCUCCACAAAGGUGGCAGACAAUUAGUUGAUUCAGACUAAGCACCACAAAAAUAUAUAAAACGGGUACAGUAUAUCUUUUAUAUAACUUUUUUCUGAAUCCGUUGCAUUUGAACACCAUAUAUCUGUAGUGCAUAAUACUUAUAAAGAAUGUUACUUAUCACAUGUUUUUACAGCAUACGAUAUGAACCACCAACAGCUGUUCAUCUACUUUCAGCUAUGUAAUAGUUACUUACACAGUUAUAGUACAAUUCUAGGAAAUAAUUUUAAUUGGUAGUUGUAUGUUUUAGAUAAUAGAACAUUUUGCGUGGUCCAGUCACAGAUAAAAUAAUGCACACAACUUAUAUACAUUAUACACUGUAAAAGGCUUUUGUAAAAUGCUUGUACAGUUUACGGCCCUAAUAUUAAGCUCAUCCUAAAUCUCAUUAUUAGUAAGAUCUUUCAUAACAUGUAAGAAAUAUGUAAACUAAUAUUAAGAAAUGCUGAACAGAGUGUGUGUGUGUGUGUGUGUGUGUGUGUGUGUGUGUGUGUGUGUGUGUGUGUAAUUUUAAAGGCUUUAAUUAUGUGUAGAUUAGAUCUAAUUUAGUUGUAACAAUUUUUUACUGACAUGAAUUUUAUCACAUUGUUUACUGAAAGAAUAAAAUAAUACUAAUACUA